AUGAAGUUACUCACUAAAGAACAAGAAGAAGCCCACUACAGGUCCGUCGUCAAAGGCGGCACAGUCGGCGGCCUCCUCGGUCUCGCCGGCGGCGUAGCAGGUGUUCUACUUGCCUCACGUCGCUACCACACAAUCCGCAACCUAACUGUGCCCAUGAAAUCCUUCCUGGUGACAUCCUCCGGUACCUUCACGGGUAUCAUCGCAGCCGACCACGCCUCACGCGAGUACGAGAACGAGCAAAACGCCGCAUACCAAUGGUACGAGAACCGCGAAGAGCGCCUUCGUGCCGAGGAGAUGCGCGGUCUCAGCUUCACCGACCGCGCCGCUGCCUUCGCCCGCCGCGAGAAAUACAAGAUCAUCACCGCCACCUGGGUUGCCUCGAUGGUUGGCUCUUUCGCGCUGGUCAGUCGCAUUCCCGGCCUUACCGGCCAGCAGAAGCUUGUCCAGGCCCGUGUCUAUGCGCAGGGUCUGACGCUGGGUGUUUUGUGUGCUUCGGCUGCUUUUGAGAUCUCAGACCAGCGUCGUGGUCGUGGAUUGCUGGACUCGAAGAAGAAGGCCGCGGCCGCGGCUAAGGCUAAGGUUGAGGAUAUUUCUGAUGAGCAGCCUGUUCACCAGAGUGGUAAGCCUAAUGAGGGCGAUCUCUGGAAGGAUAUGGUUGCUGCUGAGGAGGAGCGCUUGAGCUCCAAGCAUCAGUCUCUCUAUGAUAAUCAGAAGCAGCAGGCUGCUGGUGCUGAAGGGAAGGAGGAGAAGUCUGAGGAGAGUGAUAACGAGAAGGACUCCAAGACGGAGAAGAACGACACCGAGUCCAAGACCAAGAAGAGCUCCUAG